UCGAGCAGGCAACAACCAAGCCGAAAGAGAAAAUUUCUAAAAUUUCUUUCGAAAAUAUACGUAACAUUAAACAAUAUCAAAAAUGGAAUACACCAGCAAGACCCAGCUCUACCAGAAGGUGAAGAAGCCCCUGCUGGAACGCCAGCGACGGGCCCGCAUGAACAAGUGCCUGGACAACCUGAAAACACUUGUCGCCGAGCUGCGCGGCGACGAUGGCAUCCUGCGGAUGGACAAGGCCGAGAUGCUCGAGUCGGCGGUGCUCUUCAUGCGCCAGCAAAAGACCCACAAGAAGGUGGUCCAGGAAGAGAGGACGUCCCUCCCCCUGGACAGCUUCAAGAACGGCUACAUGAACGCCGUCAACGAGGUGUCACGUGUCAUGGCCUCCACACCUGGCAUGAGCGUCGACCUGGGCAAGUCGGUGAUGACUCACCUGGGACGCAUCUACAAGAACCUGCAGCAGUUCCACGAGGCCCAGACCGACUCCCACCUGAUCGCCAUGGACUGCUCCUCAAUGGACAAGGCUCCCCUCAGCCCCGCCUCCUCGGGAUAUCACAGCGACUGCGACAGCCCCGUCCCCUCGCCACAGCCCCUGCAAGAACAGCCCCUGUGGCGCCCCUGGUAAACACAAAAGGGGUUAAUGGGAAGUGGUAGAGGAAGGCGAUGGUGAUAUGGAGAACCAACCAACAACGCAUCUGUGAUAGCCCAACUGUGAUGGCAACAAAAUAGCAAAAUGAAAAACAAUUAGCAAAACAAUUAAA